CUCACGUGAGCCGGGGUCGGACUGACCCAGUGAAUAAGAGAGCGCGGAGACCCUUCAGCCGCCAUUCCGACGCGAGUCGUGCCGCCGGGAGCAUCCCUCUUCCCCUCUCGUGCAUCCUGAGCCCGUGCUGACGAUGGACGUGACGUCACUCCCGUCGUCGACCUCCACCCCGUCGAACAGCUUGGAAGACCUGAAACAGCUGUUCACCUGGGUGGAUUACCUGGUCUUCUCCCUGCUGCUGGCCGUCUCGGCCGGCAUCGGCGUCUUCUAUGGCUUCUUCAAGCGGAAUAAGGGCUCGGAGGAUUUCCUCAUGGCCGGCAGGAACAUGUCCACCUUCCCCAUGGCCAUGUCCCUUAUUGCAAGUUUCAUGUCGGCCAUCACGUUGCUGGGGACGCCGGCGGAGACCUACCAGUACGGGACGAUGUACUGGCUGAUCGGCUGCUCGUACUUCCUCGUCAUACCGGCCGCCGCCUACCUCUAUCUCCCCAUCUUCUUCAAGCUCGAAUGCACCUCUGCCUACGAGUACCUCGAGAGGAGAUUCAGCCGGUCCCUCAGAAGCUUCGGAUCCGCCAUCUUCACCGUCCAGAUGGUAUUGUACAUGGCUGUGGUCGUGUAUGCGCCGGCGCUCGCACUCAGUCAAGUGACGGGCGUUGACCUGUACGUGUCCAUCUGCCUCAUCUUCGGCGUCUGCAUCUUCUACACCGUGUUGGUGAGGGAACGAGGGGAACCCCCGCAGGACGGGGAAAACCCACUGAUUUAUUGCGCUAUGCGACUAGUGGCACCCCUGGCCUUUGGCGGUAUGAAAGCGGUGAUCUGGACGGACACGGUGCAGGUGGUGAUCAUGUACACCGCCAUGCUGGGCGUGGUCCUCCAGGGCGUCGUGGACGAAGGCGGCUUCGCCAACGUCUGGAGCACCGCCUACAACUCCACCCGCAUCGAGUUCUUCGAGUUCAGCGCGGAUCCGACCGUCCGGCACUCGGUUUGGAGCCUCGUAAUCGGCGGAUAUUUCACCUGGAUCGCCAUCUACGGCGUGAACCAGGCUCAAGUCCAGAGGUACCUCACGGUGCGCAAUCAACAGCAGGCUGUCAACGCCCUCUGGAUCAACCUAGUCGGGCUGUUCCUGCUGCUCACCAUCUGCGCGUUCGCAGGGCUGGUCAUCUACACGAAGUACCAGGGGUGCGAUCCCCUGAAGCAGGGCCUGGUCACGACGGCGGAUCAGCUGUUUCCCCUCUUCGUCAUGGACGUGCUGGGGCAUCUGCCGGGGGUGCCGGGGGUCUUCGUCGCCGGGAUCUUCUCUGGCGCUCUCAGCACCGUUUCGUCCGGCCUGAACUCCCUGGCGGCGAUCACGCUGGAAGACUUCGUCCUCAUCUACGCCUCCCCGAACAUGAACGACAAGCGGAAGACGCUCGUGUCCAAGGGUCUCUCUCUCGGUUACGGGAUCGUCUCGUUCGGGUUCGUCUUCGUCGCUCAGCAGCUCGGCGACGUCCUCCAGGCGAGUCUUCCAGUUGGGGUCGCUGCCUUGAGCAUCUUCGGGAUGAUCGGAGGUCCCCUUCUGGGGAUGUUCACCCUGGGGAUGUUCUUCCCUUGGGCGAACUCGAAGGGAGCCCUGGCGGGGACCCUCAUGGGGCUGGCAUUCACCUUCUGGAUCGGGUUGGGGGCGAACAUCUCCCGCUCGCAGGGUCUCAUGACGGUGCCGAAGAAGCCGCUGUCCACGGAGCAUUGCGACGUGCUGUUCACCUCGGCUGCGUCUGCUGUUCCCACGCUGGCGGGGAUGGUGUCCGAGAACGGGGGAGGAGACGACGACGGCGACGUCUUGGGCCUCUACCACCUGUCGUACAUGUGGUAUUCCGCGGUCGCCUGCUUCACUGUGAUCAUCGUCGGCCUCCUCGUCAGCUUCCUGACGGGGGCCCAGGAUCCAAAGACUCUCAACCCGAAUCUCAUCUGCCCCUUCUUCGACCGGGUUGCGCCGUUCCUCCCCGAACGCAUCCGGCGGAAGCUCCGAUUCCACGUCGGCGAAUGCUACGACGCGUCGACGGAAGGGACGGCAGAGCUGAAGAUGAACCCGUCCCGAGCGACGAUGAUAUCGGAGACCGGGGAGACGAACCUCGCCUUCCAGCCCUCGUACCCCGAACUCAAGGAGAAAGUCAUCGAGACCAAAGGAUUUUAUCUUCCCAGGCAGGACGAUGCCGACUAGGCAACAAGAAUGUACUUAUUCGAUGAUAAAUCUGGACGAAAUAUGUAUAUAAAGACGAGAGAAAAGGACAAAUCGGGGGGAAAAGCCUCACUUCCGAGCUUUUUUUUUUCUUGAGAUUUCGACAAGCGUUGU